ACACCAUUAACAAAAAGCAGAAGGGCAACCACAACAUUGCGGAUAUUUUCAUUGUAAGCCUGUCCGUGACCGACCUUCUCUUCUUACUCGGAAUGCCUUUCCUCAUUCACCAGUUGUUGGGCAAUGGUGUGUGGCACUUUGGUGCCACUAUGUGCACUAUAAUCACUGCCCUGGAUGCCAACAGUCAAUUUGCAAGCACCUACAUUCUCACCGCAAUGUCUGUAGACCGUUACCUUGCCACUGUCCAUCCCAUUCGCUCUUCAUAUGUAAGGACAACUUGUGCGGCAAGUAUGGUAAUCUUGAUGUUGUGCCUUUGUUCCCUUAUUACCAUCAUACCAGUAUUCAUGUACACCCAGCUGAUCGAGCUUCCGGAUGGCAAAGCUGGUUGCGGGAUUAUCCUGCCCAAUCUCUCCAUUGACAUCUACUGGUAUACACUCUACCAGUUCUUCUUGGCAUUUGUCAUACCACUUCUUAUCAUAUGCAUUGUUUACAUCAAAAUACAGAAACAUAUCUCCUGCGUGGUUGUCCCAUUGCCACAAAGGAAUUUCCGGGCUCGAUCCAAGAAAAUCACUAGAACCUCUGUAACGAUUUGCUCUGCGUUCUUCAUUUGUUGGGCACCAUAUUACAUCUUACAGUUGGUCCACCUAAAAGUAGCACAUCCCACGGUCAUGUUCCUUUAUGCCUACAAUGUAGCAAUCAGCCUUGGCUACGCAAAUAGCUGCAUCAACCCCUUUAUCUAUAUUGUGUUAAGCGAUACCUUUAAAAGACACCUGAUUAAGGCUGUUUGCCCAGGGCACCAGGCACGUAGAAAUGCUAGACUAGCAGCCAGUGAUGUUAGCCCUUCUGUGAGGAUCUGUUCUGUGCCAACGCAAGAGACGUCCCUGAGUAUGAUGUACUCUCAUAACAUAGACAAUUACAUUUCUUUGUCUGUGUCAGUCCCUUGAACAAGACUAUUUAAGAAAGUCAAAAGACAAUGCAAAAUUGGAAAGCUUUGAUUAUAAAAGGUGACAAACAAAACAAGGCAUACAAUUCUCGUUUUCUACACCUAGUGCCACAAGGAAUGAAGAUAUAACUCCAAAGUAGCACUUAUGAAGGAGAGAAACUAAGUUAACUUGCUUAGUGACAAUGUAUGUUAAAGUCUUAUAGAAGGCAUGAACAUGACGUCGCAUUCUUUGGCCUUCACUACUGAAAAAUCAUUGGGUAACUGAUAAGAAAUAACAUAAGGUCACUGUGUCAGCCAUUACAAAUUUUGUAAUGAAUGUGCAAUUAACACUUCUGAUUAAUUGGUUAUAUAUUGUGUCAAUAUGUUGUACUCUUUUAUUUGCAGUUAUAUUGCAAUGUAUAAAGAUGAACAUUUUAAUGUUCAUUGUGAGGUUAAGUACUACAUAAUCAGGUCUGGAUUUAUCUCCGAGGUAGUCCGGUAUCAAGUAAAAAAAAAAAGUUAAUUUUAAAAUUGGGAGUAUUAGGUAAUUUCUUUCUUGUUGAAUGAAGGGCAAUGGUAUUUUAUUUGCAUUUACUGUUGGGAGCAGAGAUUAUACCCAGUAGAAAUUUAAAAAAACACACAAAGAGACCACAGAGAAUACAAUGAAAGAGAUGGAUUGUCGGCUUCAUGUAGAUAUAACACAUUUCUAUGAUUCCCCUCUAUGAUAUUUUCUAUAGAACAAGCUCUGCACACGGGGAAAAAGACCUAUUGGUCUCCAGGAUACCGGAAUCUCAAUAAAUGGUGUAAUCAUACAGUAAAGAUGUUUGGGCAAAUACAUCUCCCAACCCGAAAAUACAUCUUGUGAUGUAAACAGAAAUGACCAGGAACACAGUCCAUAGUUUCUAAUGUAACAUAGGUGUCUUUAUCUUGCUUCUUCUUUUGACUGGGCUCUGGUAAAAGUAAUCAAAUCAGGUUUCUCAGUGUCUGUCGGAGAUUGGUAGAGAAGGACUAGGGCAGUGGAGAUGUUGUGGACUACCCUCUCCCAUAAUGCUCUUACAACCAUAAUGCUGGCAAAAUGGAGAUGUAGUCCAUAAAAUCUGGAGUGCUGGAGGUUGUCUACCCCUGGACGAGGGGAGGAAUAUUAGUGUCAUCAGGGCUAUUUGUUCCUACUCCUUAACAGUGCAUGUCAGGAGUCUAUGGAGUACUAGGGGAUGUAGAGCUUGCAGAAGGCUGGAGGCACUGUGUCAGCCAUUAUACAUUCUUUUACCCAGAUAGAUAUGACAUUGAGUACACAAAGAAGCAUAUACAUUUAACCAGAGGUUGGCAACCUUCAGUACUCCACAUGUUGUGGACUAUACCUCCCAUAUUGCUCUUACAGCCAUGCUAAUGGAAAAGCAUCAGUGGCGAUGUAGUCCACAACGUCUGGAGUGCAGAAGGUUGUCUACCUCAACACUAAACUAUGGAAAAUACAAGUUUAAGAAUAAAAAAUUAUAAAUAAAAUAACAUGAAUGUUUAUUUAAGAAGGUGGAAAAAAAAUUAAACAUUACUCUCACUUCAAAGUUGUUCUUUGGGCAUAGGCAGGAGUGGCCAUUGGCAGGAAGGAGCAGGAUAACGGUAAGACUGGGCUGAAUGGUAAAAGUUGGUUUGAGUUUUAGUGACAACCACUCACCUUCUCUACAUAUGUUGCUCUAGCCAGCUGGCAAAUUUCCUUUCUGGGAAAUCCAAUAUAUAGAGUUGUUGAUGCUCAAG